AUGAAUUGUUAAGAUCAUACUUUGAAUCCGAUUUCAUUAAUUUGUGUUGCAUUACAUAAGUGCUAAAGAAAGCUUUGUGUUGAUUGUUUCUAUGACCAUGGGGUUGAAACUAAGUAUUUACUUCCAAUCCAGAAAUUUGAAGCGCAACUAUUAAAGUAGAAGGAAGAAGUAAAAUUCAUAGCUAAAAUUUAGUUGACAUAAUCGCACAUGAAUUUAAAAUAAAUGCUGAGCGAAANUGAAAUUACAGUUAAACAGUAAUUUUUUUUGGAAAGUGAAUCUAUAACUUAAUCAUUGUGUCCUCCUUAUAAUUAGUAUUUGUUGUAUAUGUUAGUGUAAAGGGUAAUUUACUGCUUUAUAUGUGGAUUCAUUAAAUAUAUUUUAUAGAUGAUUUUAACUUACUGA